AUGGGCAAGACGUACCGGACCUACCUCCAUGGACGCAGGGUGUACGGGUGUAACAAGUGCAAGAACCACUUGACGCUCGUCGAAUGUCUUAUCAGCAAGAACUUUAAUGGACAGUACGGAAAGGCCUUCUUGUUCGACCUUGUCGUCAAUAUCAACUUGGGCGACCCGCAAGAUCGUCGGAUGACGACCGGGUUACAUACCGUGAGGGACAUUCAGUGUGGAAAGUGUAAAGCGAUCUUGGGAUGGAAAUACGACAAGGCGUACGUCGACGAUCAGCGGUACAAGGAGGGCAAGUUUAUCCUGGAAAAGAACCUCUUGUGCGACGUGUGA